AUGAAAGCGGCGCUCUUGAAGUUGGCCCAAGGCGCAUCCGUCGGAAAGCCCGGCGCGCAUUCGGCAGCGCGCAGUGCUCCUUCGACCUGCAGCGCGCCGCUGGCCAACACGGACUACACGGGCCAGGACUUGAGUAACGUCGCUGCCACGUCCGUCAACCAGUGCUGCGCGGCUUGCCUCGCCGUCGCCAGCUGCAACGCCUACAGCUUCAAGGCCAACGUCUGCUACCUCAAGAGCGGCAGUAACAACCAAGUGUCGCUGCCGGGCGUCACGGCCGUCGCGCUCUACCGCUGCUCGGCGCCGCAAUUCAACGUCGACUACGUCGGCAAUGACAUUGGCAAUGUGGCGUCGCCAUCGUACGUGCGCUGCUGCGAGCUGUGCCGCAACACGGCCGGGUGCAGCGCGUUCUCGUGGGCCAGCGGCGUGUGCUACUUGAAGAGCGCCAAGGAUGCGACGACGAACACAGCCGGCGUCACCUCGGCCACGGUGCUCUAA